UUCCAUGAUCCCUCCCAACCAAAUCACAAUUCAUAUUGAUGUUAAUGAUACAUUUAAUGUGUAAUUAAAUAAACUAAUCUUGAUCGUUCACCUAAUCAUAUUCAUUACUUCACCUCUCAGUCCUCACCACCAUUUUCUUCGCCAUAUUUCUUUCUCCACCUUCCAUCUUCAUUCAACCUCCCCUUAUUACCAUUACAACAACAAAAAAUCACUUAAUUUUCCACUUUCUUUUUUUCUUUGUAAUAUUAAAAAGUAUAUCCCUACCGCAACCGCUGAUUGCCAAAAAAAAAACAAAACAAGUGAUGGCGCCUCGUCUCUGGACCUGUUUCGGAAACAAGGGCAGUCGAGACGGCGCAGAAGGAAGCAUGGCGUAUGAUACAACAACGGAGGAGCCAGGACGCGCUGGACCAGUGGUGGUUGAGAUGUUUUCGUCUCAAGGAUGCGCGACAUCUCCGGCGGCAGAGCUGGUUUUGUCGCGGUUGGGUAGAGGUGAUUUUCAGCUUGGAAUGCCGGUGGUUUUGUUGGCCUUUCACGUGGAUUAUUGGGAUUAUGUGGGUUGGAAGGAUCCUUACGGGUCGAGUCAAUGGACUGUUAGACAGAAAGCGUAUGUGGAGGCGCUUGGGCUUGAUACGUUGUUGACUCCUCAAGUUGUUGUUCAAGGUGUUGCUCAUUGUGUUGGAAAUGACGAGAAUGCACUUGUUGAUGCCAUUAAUAAUGCCACUAGAUACCCUUCUCCUACCUUCCAGGCAACUUUCACGAAACCUUCACAAGACUCUUUGCAACUGUCACUAACAGGAGCAUUGAGGAGCAAAGUAGACAGUAAUGGUGUGAAUAUAAUGGUAGCCUUGUACGAAAACGGUUUAGUUACAGACUGUCCGAGAGGAGAGAACAAAGGUCGUGUUCUAUCAAACGAUUAUGUCGUUAGAAAGCUCGAAAAGCUCUGCACUGAAAAAGACAUAUCUGCUAAGAAAACAAUAACAGGAACUGUUAGCUUUCCAUUGUGGGGAGGAUUCAAUAGCAGCAAAUGUGGUGUAGCUGUAUUUGUUCAAAGCCCUUCUCACCAAAUUUUUGGUUCACAGAGUUUUCAGUUGCCGGAUGAUAUAUGAUAUGAUACUGUUGAUUCAUUGUUUUAAUUUGUUCCGCAUAAACUAUCAUAUAUUUCAGCUACUUUGUUGUUGUUUGUUAGGCUAUAUGUAUAUGUUAUGUACCAUUCAUAUUUUAGAAUAAUAUUAGUUUUCUUUGGAUUUU